AUGGCUACUACUACGGAACAAAUGAUCACAAUCCAUACCUCUGGAGGGAGGGAAGGGAAUGUGAUACCGGAAAAGUACCUAGAAGGGUUAGAUGUUGAAUGGCAGGAGAUGUGGACAAGACACGGAAGGGACAUGGAAGGUGCUCACUUGGUGACUAUUGAACAAUUUCGGCGAUGCCCUGAACGAUACAGCUUUACCCACCCAACCUGGACAGGCCCCGAAGUACAUCAUCUUCAAGAUUAUCAAGUCCCCGUCUCAAAUCCCGAAGGAUCGAUCACCUGCCGCGUAUACACACCCCCUGGGCUGGGUCCAUUCCCAGUACACCUUAACUUUCACGGAGGUGGCUGGGUACUUGGAGGCCUGCAGUCUGAAGCCGCCUGGUGCCGUAGUAUAUGCAAUGAGUCAUCUAUCAUUGUCAUUGAUGUGGAUUAUCGUCUCGCGCCAGAGCAUCAAUACCCUAUCGCGCUGUAUGACUGUUGGACCGCGGUACAAUGGGCACACACCAACGCGCAAACCCUCAACAUUGAUCCCAACUCCAUCUCAAUUGGGGGACUGUCCUCGGGUGGACUAAUCACAGCUGUUCUUGCCCACUUCGCGCGCGACUGCUCUCCCCCUCUCGAACUGAAACUUCAAUUGAUGGUGGUGCCCGCGACAGAUAUGCGGUACGUACCGCUGUCUAUAACUGAUGCCGAGCCCCUUACCCCAGACAGUUGUCCGUACCCCAGUGCAAUAUACUGCUCCGAUCUACCGUGGUCCCCACUCGCCCGAGAGUCUUGGUUCCUGAAUUACUACAUUGGCACGGACGAAGAGGUGCGAUCAGAGAUCCUCUCAGAUUGGCGAAUGACUCCUGUUCUCUCGCCAUCUAUGAAGGGACUAGCCCCGGCACACAUCGUCACGGCCGAGUUUGAUGUAGAAAGGGAUGAAGCUGAGCACUAUGGGCAGUUGCUUCGUGAGGCAGGAAAUCGAGUAACCAUGAAAAGGUAUGCGGGUGUGCCACAUGCGUUCGCUCAUUACAACCAUCCCACUCGGGGUCUGAGCAAGAGCCAAGAGUACAUCAGAGAUACGUCGAAGCUUCUUUCCGAGGUACACGGUACCGGCAACGGCAACGAGGCGCCAUAG